UCGCCCCAAUAGGUCUGACUUCCCUACUUUUGAUUGCAUUGAUAAGCAAAGGUGCGAGGAGUUCGAGGAGGCUCCCCGGCGACAGAGGCGCAGCGAGAAGGCACUCUUCAUGUUUUUUCUGAGUUUCAGCUAGUUGCCAGCCGGGAUCGAAGCUACCCACAGGCAUUAGCUAACCAUCAGCUUCACAGCUCUCAGGCGCACGAAAUUAGGAAGCCCGUACUUUGUGAUAAAGACCCGUAAACGUUCAGCCCUGGAUUCACUACUUUUGAUCCAUGGACAGAGCCUUCUGCCAGCUCAGUCAAGACCGGUCGUAAGCAGUCCCUGUUCACUGUACUGUGAUCUGCCACUGGGAACUUUCCUUAACACCCCAAGCAGCAUGGAGAGAAGGAGCGAGAGUCCCUGUAGGCUGGGCAGCCCGGACAGAAGGAGCAGCAGUCCUGAAGUCAAGGGUCCUCCCCCUCUGAAGGUGGCCCGAUUAGAACAGAAUGGCAGUCCAGGGGCACGGGGGAGGCCCAACGGCUCCGCGUCAAAACCAUUGGGAGGAAUAAUGAUUCCUAUAUUUUGUGUAGUGGAACAGGCUGACAGUCCACUUGAAUAUGAUGGCAGAGAAGAACACGCUGAAUUUGUAUUAGUACGCAAAGACGUGCUCUUUAACCAGCUGGUUGAAACAGCACUCCUAGCACUUGGAUACUCCCAUAGUUCGGCAGCGCAGGCUCAAGGUAUUCUAAAAGUAGGGAAGUGGAACCCUCUGCCUCUGAACUUUGUGACGGAUGCUCCAGAUGCAACAGUGGCUGAUAUGUUACAGGAUGUCUAUCAUAUAGUGACAUUGAAAAUCCAAUUACAAAGCUGUGCAAAAUUGGAGGACCUUCCUGCAGAACAGUGGAAUCAUGCUACAGUACGGAAUGCAUUGAAGGAACUUCUAAAAGAAAUGAACCAGAGUACACUAGCUAAGGAAUGCCCUCUGUCCCAGAGUAUGAUUUCCUCAAUUGUGAACAGCACAUACUAUGCAAACGUCUCAGCCACAAAGUGCCAGGAGUUUGGAAGAUGGUAUAAAAAAUACAAGAAAGUUAAAGUAGAAAGAGAAAACAUUACAGACUACUGUUCAAUCACGCAGAGGCCAACUCAUCUGCCAAAUAUGAACCAGCUGCCAUCAUUGGGGAAAAGCAAUGAACAGUCUCCACACAAUCAACUUCACCACAGCCCACCAAUCAGAAGUCAAGUUCCAGCCCUCCAACCAAUAAUGAACCCUGGCUUGCUGUCCCCACAGCUGAAUCCACAGUUGGUUAGGCAACAGAUUGCAAUGGCACAUUUGAUCAACCAGCAGAUAGCUGUGAGCAGACUUCUCGCACAUCAGCAUCCACAAGCCAUCAACCAGCAAUUUCUCAAUCAUCCACCAAUUCCUAGAACUGUAAAACCAGUAGAACCAUCCAAUUCUUCAGUGGAAGUGUCUCCGGAUAUCUAUCAGCAAGUUAGAGAUGAACUGAAAAGAGCUAGUGUGUCUCAGGCAGUCUUUGCAAGAGUUGCAUUCAAUAGGACUCAGGGAUUGCUGUCAGAGAUUCUACGUAAAGAGGAAGACCCUCGGACAGCCUCCCAGUCCCUCUUAGUAAAUUUGAGGGCCAUGCAGAAUUUCCUUAACCUUCCUGAGGCCGAACGGGACCGUAUCUAUCAGGAGGAAAGAGAGCGAAGCAUGAACCCCAAUGUGAGCAUGGUGUCUUCUGCAGGCAGCAGCCCUGGCUCAUCCAGGGCACCCCAGGUACCCAAGGCCUCCACCCCAACAUCAGACAUUCCCAUGAAAGUAGAUGGUGCCAACAUUAACAUAACAGCUUGUAUUUAUGAUGACAUCCAGCAAGAGAUGAAAAGGGCCAAAGUAUCGCAGGCAUUGUUUGCCAAAGUGGCUGCUAAUAAAAGUCAGGGUUGGUUAUGUGAGCUUCUCCGCUGGAAGGAGAAUCCAAGUCCAGAAAAUCGAACACUCUGGGAGAACCUGUGUACUAUUCGUCGGUUUCUAAGUCUCCCACAACAUGACAGGGAUGUUAUCUAUGAAGAGGAAUCGAGACAUCACCAUAGCGAACGUAUGCAGCAUGUUGUACAGCUUCCUCCAGAACCUGUGCAGCUCCUGCACCGGCAACAGUCGCAACCAGUAAAGGAGACCUCACCACUUAGAGAAGAAUCUGUUCCUCCACCUCAACAACCUGAGGACAGUAGUGCAAAGAAACCAAGAUCUCGUACCAAAAUUUCUUUAGAAGCCUUAGGAAUUCUUCAGAGUUUCAUCCAUGAUGUAGGCCUCUACCCAGACCAGGAGGCUAUCCAUACCCUUUCAGCUCAGCUAGAUCUACCCAAGCAUACCAUCAUCAAAUUUUUUCAGAACCAACGCUACCAUGUGAAGCAUCAUGGGAAAUUAAAAGAACACUUAGGGACAGUAGUGGAUGUGGCAGAAAUCAAAGAUGAAGAACUGCUUACUGAAUCUGAAGAAAACGAUAGUGAGGAGGGCUCUGAGGAAAUGUAUAGUGUAGAGACUGCGGAUGAAAUAAACGAUAAUGAUAAGACAGCGGCCAAGCCCUCAGACAUUGACCAGAGAUAAUUAUACUUAACUGCGCCUAGCAAAGCAAUACAUUGUCUCAAGGUUGGAUUCAGUUUUUCAAAGCUACGUGUUACUAAUGACACAUGUGAACAGGAUUCACACAGUAUUGCCCAAUCAGAUGUUGCCUUGAUACAGACAAUUAAGUGUUACACUUAAAAAAAGACUGGAAUAAUUGUCAUAAUCAUUUACAAUUUGGCUUCAUUCAUCUUCUUGCACUUAUGAGGAGGAUAAACCAGUCACUUAAAAUCAAGAGACUUUUGAAGAUAAUGAAGGAUGCUGAAUCUGUGUACAUUAAAUACUGCAUGGGGCAGAGAACAUUGCUUAAAAAGACUGGCUGUGAAAUAAGUUUUUCUUUGACAUGAAGACUUAUUUGGGUUCUGAAACCACUUCACGAUGAGUUGCUUUGGCUUUUCUCAUAAGCUGCUUGCUCUCAGGGUGUAGUGACUGCUUUAAAUUCCUAUUUAUUUUCUGUGUUUUUCCCUGAUUUUUUUAUUAUGUGGCUUGCUGUCAGGUGGGGAAACGUUUGAUGUACGUAUUUAACAAAACCAACACUGCCAAAAAAAAAAUCAGGGCACCUUAUAAAGGCUAGUGUCAAAUAACUGCAUAAUAUAUGACAUGCUUCAACAGGUAAAAACAAUCAUUUGUGGAAAUGUUCAUUUGGUGUGAUGUUUUAGUAUGUUUAGCCCCAAAAUAUUAAUGAACACCACAGAAAAUUGAUUUAUUUUGCCCCAGUAAGAAAACAAAAAUAAAACAAACCAGAAAAUGGAAAAACGAUUUCCUGGGAAAUACAAGCUAAAAUAAACCUGCUGGAAUGGAAAUAUUAAAUUUGUGGAGUGAAUUAGAGUACAAGAUACAUUUUAUUUACAUAUGCCUAAGGUCUUAUUGAAAACAUUGCAUUUGCAAGCUCGUUUUAUCACCCUGUGUUAAAUAAUGAAUGCAAACUUAGGAGAUCAAAACGUUUAAGUAUGCAAACAGAGAUUAUUAAUUGAAGAGAAACAUCUGGUUGUGUUGAGUUGCUUUCCAUCAGAGUUGUAUUAAUACGCAUUUCUUUUCUCUCUUAGAAUCUGUUUCAUGUCCAUGCUGUUAGUGAAAUUCUGCUUAUUAACCUGUUGUAACUGUCAGUGUGGAGUACAUAACUGGGGAGUGUUACUAAAUAUAAUUGUCAGUUAUGGCAGUGAAUUUAAGCGACUCUGGAAUUAGCUAGGAAACGUAAUCACCCCAUUCCCCCAACUUUCCCAUCUUAUCAUGUCAAUUACCCUUCAACACCUUUGAGAAGAAUUUUUCUAAGUUAAAUGAUGAAUGCAGUAGUAAUAUUAACUUAGAAUAUUUAGGUUGUUUCAACUACCACCCUCAUUUAUACUGAUAUAAUCAAGUGCUUGCUAUGCCAUUAGACACAAAAAUAUAUAUGAUAACUGUGGUGGGAUAUGAAGUAUCUGACAUGGUCAUGUAAGAUGUACCUUGCUUUUGAAAAAUGAGUGUUCAGUAGCCAAGGAAGUCAAGACAAAAACACACUCAUCUGUCUAUGCCUGCACUGUUUUCCUUUGAUUGACCUUCGCAACUCAUGCUUAUAAAGGUGACAGUCACUUCCCUUGUGUUGCCUAAAACUUCACAUGCCUUUUGGUACCUUGAUGUGCUCCAUAAUGUUGCACUACAUCAAUUUUGUCUGCUCUAUUACCUGCCGUGCACUCAUAAUCCUCCUAGUUAAUUAAUCAUUUGUUGACCGAGUACAGUGGGGCAUGAUGGUCAAAGCAGAGCUGGGCAGAAGUUACACAUUAAAGUUACAUUUUCAUUAAGUUUUAGAGUUUGAAUUUGUAGAAUUGGCUGAAAUACCAUGUGGCAGUCAAAAUGAAAAUCUUACAAGUGGAUCUGGUAUUUUUUUCAGAAAUGUGAUAGUGGAUCUGGAUUUUUUUGUCUAGAAAUUUAAUGCCAGACCUGUAGAGUAAUGCAUGCAAGCAAGAAUUGGUUCCAGUGAAUUUACUUGUUCUCAGUAUUUGGUUUUUGCUUUUGCAGUUGAUAAAACCAGAUCGCAGAGUCUGAAUGUUUGCCAUUUCCAUCCUGCUGUGAAAUGAGAUGUAAGAUGGAGUAUUCAUACAUGUGAGGAAGUUUGGGAACUAAAUAUGGGGUAACAAGACAUGCUUAUAUAUUUGCCAUAGCACUAGCCUCUUAUUUGAUCAUUUUGUUUGACAGUUUGGGCAAGGUGGAAGGUUGGGAUAGUGAAUCUACUGAACUGACAAAGUACUGAAGGUGAUCUCUUAUGAGGAACAGGCUAGAGACAACCCAUUGAAGCAGAAAAGAACACAGAAAAAGAUGGAAUCAGAUUAAAUGAAACCUCUAAGGGGAAUGGCAGCAUUUAAAUUACUUAAAGCACUUCUCCAGACAUUGAAACAAUUGCUUAUUAGAAAAAUAAGGCUUCAAACAGAGGCCAUUUAUCAGUAAUACUAGCAGUAUAUCCUAACAGUACAAGGUAACUAAGAAUGAUAGCAUAUGUAUAGGGGGCAUUUGUUUCUGUUAAUUCUCUGUCUGCUUUUACCCCAUGAUGGCCUUCUCCUAUGUACAUAAGCUGCUAUUACAUCUCAGCAUAGGAAUUUGGUUAUGCUGAUAUAGCAACUUUUCUAGUUUUUAUCUCACUUCCAAAACAACUGAAAGGGGUGACAGGGUUUAUUCUAAUGAUGCAAAUGAAAAUCAGUACAACUAAACUGUAAGUAACAAAGCUGCCAGUCAUAAAGUUAAGAUCAACACAUGAGAGUGACAGAUACAAUACAGACACUGACAGUGUGUGACAUUCAGUUUUAUAGAUGUUCAAGUCGCACUUGGUGCUUCCUCAUCCACUGAAUAAAUAGAACUUCCCAUACUCAUCAAAGUCUCAAAUGUGAAAGCAAAGAGGAAAGGGUAAUUUGUCAUGGUAUAUAUUUGGGGUGUUGUGUUAGAGAGCAGAAGUUGGGAAGAAAUUAAUUGCUAGACUGAAAAUCAAUGCCAGAAAUGGGUAAACAAAACAGCAGCAUUUUUCUAAAAAUAUAACAAGGAAAUGUUUGCACGACUCCAAAUCCAUAUUUUUUUCCUUCAUUGUUCAAUAUGAUUCCUUUUCUUGCAUCUAUCUGUGUAUCUAUCUAUCUAUCUAUCUAUCUAUCUAUCUAUCUAUCUAGUAAUCUAUUUGUGCAUCUAUCUGUCUUUCUCUCAAUCUAUCUGUAUAAUCAUGACGUGGUAAGAGCUAAAGAGAUAUCAAUACAAAGCCUUAUGCACACAUCCAGGGUCUUAGGCAGUAAAAAUGUAAUGGGUGAGUGACUUGCAAGCCUAGGUGUGUGGCAUUAUCUGUGCGCUGCACAUUCCAGCACAUGCACUUGCUUGCACUUAUGAAACAGCUUGAUUUUCCUUUUUGUUAAAUAUUCAUUUUUUUUCUGAGUGGAAAUAUAUUUUAGGUGUCAUUUGAAUCUAUUUUACCCCCUCCCCCCCCCCCGUAUUAACCAAUUAUACAAUCUGGUUUUCUG